GGUCCGAUCUUCGCCAAUCAGCGGGCGCGGUGGGCGGCUCUCCGGCGGAAAAGGGGAGCCGCGGGGGCGGAGCCGAAGCCGCCGCCAUUUUGUCGCCGUCACCGUCCCGGCGAGACGGAGCGCGGUGCCGCGGCUGGGCGAGAUGGUGAAGCUGUUCAUCGGGAACCUGCCGCGGGAGGCGACGGAGCAGGAGAUCCGCUCCCUCUUCGAGCAGUACGGGAAGGUGCUGGAGUGCGACAUCAUCAAGAACUACGGCUUCGUCCACAUCGAGGACAAGACGGCGGCCGAGGACGCCAUCCGCAACCUGCACCACCACAAGCUGCACAGCGUCUGCAUCAACGUGGAGGCCAGCAAGAACAAGAGCAAGGCCUCCACCAAACUGCACGUCGGCAACAUCAGCCCCGCCUGCACCAACCUGGAGCUGCGGGCCAAGUUCGAGGAGUACGGCCCCGUCAUCGAGUGCGACAUCGUCAAGGAUUAUGCCUUCGUCACAUGGAGCGGGCGGGAGGACGCGGUGGAGGCCAUCCGCGGGCUGGAUAACACCGAAAUUCCAAGGUGA